AUGUACCACAAGGUCCUCCAGUAUGCCAUCUUAGGUAUUACCGAGGCCUUCAAGGCAGAUAGCUUCAAGGAGAAGAUCAACUUGGGUGUCGGCGCAUACAGAGAUGAUGCAGGUCAACCCUACGUCCUUCCCUCCGUCCGAACCGCAGAAGACAAGGUCGUUAAGGCCAACCUCAACAAAGAAUAUGCCGGUAUUACCGGUGUUCCAGAUUUUACCAAGGCGGCUGCUGUCCUUGCCUACGGUGAAGGAUCAAGUGCUCUCGACCGUCUAGUCAUCACACAAUCCAUCUCCGGAACUGGAGCUCUCCGAAUUGGAGGUGCCUUCCUUCAACGAUUUUACCCUGGCGCAAAGAAAAUCUACAUCCCAAACCCAUCAUGGGCAAACCAUGCUGCUGUCUUCAAGGACUCAGGUCUCGAGGUUGAGAAAUACAGAUAUUAUAACAAGGAUACAAUUGGUCUCGAUUUCGAGGGUAUGAUUGCAGACAUCAAGGCUGCUCCAAAGGGAAGCGCUUUCUUGCUCCACGCAUGUGCGCACAACCCAACUGGUGUAGACCCAACUGUUGAGCAAUGGAAGGAGAUCAGCGAAGUUGUCAAGGCUAGUGGACACUAUGCUUUCUUCGAUAUGGCCUACCAAGGAUUUGCUUCCGGUGAUACCGACAAGGAUGCUUUCCCCAUCCGUCACUUCAUCAAGGAAGGCCACAACCCAUGUCUCGCCCAAUCUUUCGCCAAGAACAUGGGAUUGUACGGUGAGCGUGUCGGUGCAUUCUCCGUAGUCUGCGCCGAUGCCGACGAGAAGAAGCGUGUCGAUUCUCAAAUCAAGAUUCUCGUUCGUCCUCUCUACUCCAACCCUCCCGUUCAUGGUGCCCGUAUCGCUUCUACGAUCCUCAACGACAAGGCUUUGAACAAGCAAUGGCUCGGUGAGGUCAAGGGAAUGGCUGAUCGUAUCAUCACCAUGAGAGCUUUGUUGAAGAAGGAACUUGAGAGCUUGGGCUCAAAGCACGAUUGGUCUCACAUCACUAGCCAAAUUGGCAUGUUCGCAUACACUGGUUUGACUCCUGAGCAAAUGGAUAAGUUGGCUAAGGAGCACUCUGUAUAUGCUACUAAGGAUGGUAGAAUCUCGGUCGCUGGUAUCACUACAGCAAAUGUUAAGAGAUUGGCUGCUGCCAUUCAUGCUGUUAAGCCAUAG